CGGAAGUGUUUUGAGGUCUUUAUCGAUUCUUUGAUAUUUGGGGUAUUUUGGUUGUUCCCUUUAUCUAUAUUUAGAAAACUAACAACCACGCUCAACAAAGCAUACGGUAUUUUGUAUUUUCCCGAUAACAAGUACAGGGUUGCCUGAGUAGAAUUCAUCUCUCGGAAACUGGUUACCUUUAACCUUUAGCUUUUAACCUGACACAAAACAAAUAAUCAAACAUGGCGGCCAUGACUUCCAGAGCUGUGUUUUCGUCAGCAAAGUGCUGUUUCAGACGACGAUUACUAGUAUCCGCAGAUACGAUAGAACUGUGCAAGUAUGAAGUCCAGUCUCAUCGUGAAUAUUCAUCACUUUCUAAAGAACAGAAAAAUAAAAUAGCCGAUGGUCCUGGUUUAUCUGAUUUUAUAUCCGCUGAUGUUGAUAAUAGUUAUCUUGGAAAGUUAAAAUUAGAGCCCGGUGUCAAAAGAUUACGCUUACCUCCAUGGUUGAAAACCGAAAUACCGAUGGGUUCAAAUUAUAGCAAAUUAAAAAGACAACUGAGAACAUUAAAGCUUCAUACAGUUUGUGAAGAAGCUCGGUGUCCCAAUAUUGGUGAAUGCUGGGGAGGCGGUAAACAUGAGACAGCUACAGCCACAAUAAUGGUUCUUGGUGACACGUGUACCAGAGGAUGUAGGUUUUGUUCUGUCAAAACAUCGAGGGCGCCGCCACCACCUGAUCCUCAGGAACCUGUUAAUACAGCCCUUGCCAUUGCAUCGUGGGGACUUGACUAUGUUGUCUUGACAUCAGUAGACAGAGAUGAUAUACAAGAUGGAGGUGCUUCACAUUUUGCCAACACUGUAAUAGAAAUAAAAAAUAGUAAUCCCAAGAUUUUAGUUGAAUGUCUUACUCCUGAUUUCCGUGGUGAUUUAGAGUCAGUCACAACUGUUGCCAAAUCUGGUCUGAAUGUUUAUGCACAUAAUGUUGAAACAGUGGAAGCUCUGCAACCAUUGGUCCGUGAUUAUAGAGCAAACUACAAACAGUCUUUGAGUGUGUUAGAGCAUGUAAAAAAAGUUAAUAGCGAAAUUCUUACUAAGACGUCCAUCAUGGUUGGUCUUGGUGAGACAGAUGAUGAGAUGGUACAAACCAUGAAAGAUUUACGUGCCAUUGAUGUAAACUGUCUAACAAUUGGUCAAUAUAUGCAGCCAACAAAACGUCAUUUGAAGGUCAAGGAGUAUGUAACACCAGAGAAGUUUAAAUAUUGGGAAUCGCUCGGAAAAGAACUCGGAUUUACAUACACGGCCAGUGGACCACUAGUUCGAUCAUCAUAUAAAGCAGGCGAGUUCUUUCUAACGAAUAUAUUGAAAAAGAAGCAAGAAAAGUUACAGCCAUAAUGUCAUUCAUGAUAUUGAGCAGAUUGUCGUGUAUCUGAUGUGAUGACAACAUAGUAUUGAAUAUGACGAUUUAGUAGGAACUAUGGAUUCCUACUUUACUAUGGUUCCACUUUCACCCUCUCUGCAAAGAAAAGCUAUCAGGAUUUCCAAUUACGAAGUGAACAUGAUUUUCAAACAUUUUUUAACUAUAUCAACAUAGAUGAAGGUAUACGAGAGGAAAAUAUCUGUUGUUUUAUUUUUAGGUUAUAUGUU